AUGCAGGAUCCCAGUGGGGACAAAGUUUGUAGAGCAGGUGGUGAAGAAGAAGGGGAGGAUGGACAGCACACAUCCAGAGUUCAUGAUACUGAAGCAAGCUCACGACAUACUGAAACAAGCUCACUUCGUACUGAAGCAAGUUCACGUCUAAGCUCACAUCGUACUGAAGCAAGUUCACGUCGUACUGAAGUAAGCUCACAUCGUCCCGAAGCAACCACACACCGUUCUGGAGCACUGAAUGACCAUGAUAACUCUCCACAUGUGAAUAAUGCACAAGAUUUUGGUAGCCAGGCUGCCCCCCCAGCCAACUUCGACUCAAGGAACCCUGUAGAGGCAAGAGUGGUGGUCGAAGAAGCAGCCAUAGCUCCUCAGGGUGAGCAGGCACCAAUUAUCCCUGGACCGAGUGGAGAUGCGGCAACAACAGCUGGAAGUCGACUCUUGGAAUUUUCUGUAACAGUGCCGUUCCGGACCGCUGUGGAGGCAAACAUUGCAUGCAGAACCCUGGCCUCAAAUGUCCAGCACCAGCAAGUGAUGGUUCAGCAGGAGUUCACUGUGAAUGACACUAUUCUCACUGUUAGGUGGACCACUGAAGAUCCUGUUCUCUUCCGAACAUCCAUCAAUGCCUUCCUUGACCAUCUUUCCCUUGUGAUGAGGACCAUCCCACGCCCAGUGUUUAUGGCUGUUGUCAAACAAGGAAGAGGAAGAAAUAAUGAACUCUAG